CAAAGAACUGGAUACGUUUCUGAUUUGAUAUCUCAAACUUUUGCUACGGGGUUUCUUGGUAUUUAAAUAACAUCAAAGGAAGCAACUCGCAAUCUGAGUUUUCUGUAUACAAGUGUGCCAGUGUUCGUUGGAGUUAGAGCACAUGGGCCUUGCGUAGCUUGCUGCUGUUUAUCAUCCAUCACAGAAAAAUGGAUGAAAAUAUUCAUGAGGACCACGAUACAAAGCAAUCUUCGUAUUGGAUUAAAUUGAGAAUUACAUUUAAAGGUGUCAACAUUUUGAAUUCGAUUAUCAGAGAAACUAGUGUCCAGACAGAUGGCUGUCAGGGGGGAGGGGGUAAUUCUAUUGCGGGCAACACUGCCUCUGGUGUCAGUGCCCAGCGAGACACAGCAACGAGAUGCAAGGGAGUCGGGGUAGAAACAUCCACGAGCUCCUCAAGUGGCAAUCAACGUGAAACCGUCGUUAGCCGCAAAGAUCAGAAAAAUGUAUCGGCUAAAAAUGACAAACUCCUCAGCCCAACAAAAAAGUUUUCGUCAAAAAAAAUACCCUACCAUCGGGAAACUUUUAGAUAACGUGAGACCUAGUGAUGAGCUCUUGGGACGCGGAAGUAGGAACAGUACACAAAAUGGUCCUGGGAAUGCAGAUAAAGUUGCCCUAAGUGACAGAAUAAAAAAUGAUUUACAGCGCGUGUUCACCAGCAGUCCUAUCAAAGAUAAACAAGAAUUUGAGAAACAGUUAAAUGAACGAAUCGUAUCACAUGUAGAAUUGGAAUUACGGAAAUACCUGGACGAAUUGCAGACCAAAAAAAUUGUCGGCCACUCUGACGACCAUCAUGUCGAUUGUAAAAUUAAAGCUGACAUGGACGGUCCAGUCGUCAAACAGUAAGUUUCAAAUUGGUUUUUAUCAAAAUAAACAGCUUUCGUCAUAUUUACACAUUGCAGACUUUCAUUACACCGUCUGUUAUACUCAAAACGCUGCGACUGGUAUUUACAACACAUCAAGUUACUUCCGUGUAGCAUCCCGGGCUAAAGGUCAAACUAAAGGUACAAAUGUCAGACUUAAGGUCCGGCAAGGAAAGGUGUGGUCAAAGAAUUUCUUCAUCACAAAUAGCGUUUUAGUUUGUUGUUGUUUUUUUUUUGUUGUUUUUUUGUUUUUGUUUUUUUUAAACGCAUUGCCAUUCUUACUUAUCGUAAUCCAAUGCCUUAUAAGGAUGAAAUCCAAUGCCUUCUAAGGAUGAAAUCCAAUGCCUUCUAAGGGUGAAAUCCAAUGCCUUUUAAGGAUGAAAUCCAAUGCCUUUUAAGGAUUAAAUACAAAAUAGUUGAGAUUCAUCGGAUUGGGUCAGUUUCAGCCUGUACGUUAAUGCAUCCAAUCCCCGAAUGGACUCAUCUUGUCCUCUCCAAGCUACGUGAUAGGGCGCAAUGACAGGCACUUUGGCAUUUUAUUUCCAUAAUAAUUUUUUUUAAAUUUAUUUAACUUUUGUUUCUGCGAACAUGUUCUACUUCUACUCUUCAAAAAACAUGACAAAUGCAAAGAAAGACGUUCCGAAUAUUGCAGUGCUCUCCUUUUUUUUAUGCCCCAUGCAAUAAAUUGUAUUGCUUUUCAUUUUUCUACAGAAUCGUCAAGGUUAAAAUCAAGUGCAGCAACCUUGUGGUUGAAAAAGCCAUGGCAGUGGCAGUAGGUCACAGCAGGAUUCAUUAUAACAAUGGGGGACAAUCGAAUCUGCCCUGUGGUUGUAAGAUCAAAUCAUCGUGCGCAACACAUGGUGCAGGAAAGUGAAUACAGACAACUCAUCAUGCAUUGACUUAAAUGUUCGCCGCCAACAACAAAUGGUCUCAAUUUGUUCAAGCUUCACUUAAGUCAGUGGUCGGCGCACUCGUUAGUCCAAAGAGCCGAAAAUCACCAGCAGGGCGAUUUAUUUUGUUUUUUUAAUUAGAGAACCAAAUUACUUGUCAAGAACCUAUCCAGAACCUUGUUUCUCGGAGUCAAAACCCAUCUGUGGCCGGCUGGCCGAGCCGCACUCAGGUCAUUAGACAGCCGCAUGCGGCUCACGAGCCGCGCCCUGCCGAUCACUGGCCUAAGUCAACAGCUGCUGAUUGCCCAGCUCAAUUGAUUUGUUUCCGCUAACUUUGUGACACGAAAGGAAGAAAUUUUGUUGAUUGCGCUUUCAAACUGCAAGUAAUUGAAGGACAUGGAUGGCGUGAAUUUGAUCAUUAUUUCUUGUUAACGUAUCUGGUUAAUUCACUUCAUUGUUCCGCUACACAUCUUAUAUGUGAAUGUGGUUUUAUUAGCUACGAGUGCCUAAUGUUUUCGUUGUUUCUUUUUUCUCCUUUUUUUUAUUGAAGCGCGUGUGCCUCUGAAUGAGUUUGUGUGUAUGUGUGGUGUGUUUGAGGGGGUCUGUGUUUGGUGAAUGCUUGCGUGAAGCUUGGUAGGUUUAUAUUCAAAAAUGUAAAUUAAAAAAGUUUUUUUUUGUAUAUGCCUGUAUUUAUGAAUGCAUUUGUGAGUCAUC